AAAUCGUCCCUUGACAAACAUCUUUAUUGAAAAUGGUGCCAUGUGCUCCGUAAUCUGGGCCGCGAAAACCCCGACGCCAGAUCAGCCAUCGCCUGGGCGGUCCAAUCACGGCUUUACCACGACUCAAACAGGCAGUUGAUUGCUAGCCUACCUUAUUCGUACAUUGACUAAAUCCUCUAUCGUUCCAUCGUCUUGUUUCUCGACCUGUUUUUUUCCUUUACCGCUUUCUGUUGUUCUCCUGAUACUUCUUGCGCUGCUGCUACGAUAUGACAACACUUGCCUGUCGUAAUACCGCUGCCCCUUCUUUGCAAGGGACUAUCGAGGUUCCUCGCUCCAUCAUAUUACCUUCAACCCUUUGCCUGCGAUAAGCCCUGAGGAAAUCAUCAUACUCCAGCAAAUUCUCAGUCAACACCCCCAAGAAACCGACAAUUCGAGUCACUUGCCUCAUUCCCAUACCACGACACUUGAUGCGGAGUGAACAAUGAUCCAACACUCCGGUGCUUCCGAUACUGCUCAGCAGCCGGAACCUCAACCAUCCGGCGCUAAGCUGAGCAAGAACGCUGUCCAGUUCUCCCAGCAGGCUGAGAAGCUCUCGCACCAACCGAUCACUGACGAUGAUCCGUCCAUUGCCAUCGAGGCCCAGUUCGUCACUCCUCAUGAUCCCAUCAUCAUUACCUCGGAUGGCAACCGACUUCCUGGCGUACCCCUCCAAGAGGCCCGCCGCCUAAAUAUCCUCCGCGAAGGGGUCCAAGGGAAGCCUGAGACAAACGAGAUCCAAUCUGGAAGAGGGGUCAAGGAAAGUAUUCCCAACGUCACUCAGGUAGACGACGGGGAGCAAAAGGUCUUGAACUUGGCUGGAAAACAGAACGGUGCAUCACUACAGAAGUCAGCCGACAAUACGCUAAAAGGUGUCAUGCCACCAUCCCACACGAACCCCUUGUUUCCUCCACUCCCUUUAUACAGUCCGCCCUCGAGGAUGCGGAACAUCCAGUGUCUAUUCUUUCGAGUCUCAUCCUUCUUUCUCAGCCUGGCUUUCCUCGCCGUCAUCGUGCUGGGGUCUCUGUUUACGAGUAUACCGUUGAUCUGGAAGAAGAUAUUCUAUCGACUGACGUUCCGGAACUUCGACAAGUCACGCCCGUUCUACGAAGAGGAGAAAUUGAGGGCCGAAGCUAGGGAAGAGAAGGAACGGGCUUGGAAGGCAAGCCAAUCUCCAAAUACUAUGAACUUGGAACAAGAAAACCCGGCCAAUCAAUACCCCCCGACUGAGGGUGGCACAGACCCUAUCAUCUGUGAUGUUGGCUACUACGCUCGGAGGGUGGGGCUCGAUGUCGAACCCUUCGAGGUGCAGACAGAAGAUGGCUUCAUUAUCGACCUAUGGCAUGUCUACGAUCCAAGGGAGUACACGCGGUUGGACGACAGUGGACGAUCUCAACAGGGCCCAGACGUAUUCCAAGGCCCUAACAAAACGUUGAAAAAUCCAGACAACAAGCGCAAAUUCCCGGUGUUACUCAUGCAUGGGCUCUUACAGAGCUCGGGUGCUUAUUGUUGCACUGACGACGAAUCUCUAGCUUUCUGGCUUUGCAAAUCCGGCUUCGAUGUCUGGCUGGGCAACAACCGAUGUGGCUUCAAGCCCAAGCACGCUUUGCUUGAAUACAGUGACCCGAGGAUGUGGUGUUGGAAUAUCCGCCAAAUGGGUGUAUUCGACCUAGCUGCUCUCACUUCUCGUGUGAUCUCUGAGACGGGCUUUGAGAAGAUUGGUCUGAUCUGCCAUUCUCAGGGGACGACUCAGACGUUUGUGGCCCUGGCCAAGGAGCAACGACCUGAGCUAGGCGAAAAGCUGACCGUAUUUUGUGCUCUGGCGCCAGCUGCUUACGCUGGGCCCCUGAUAGGCAAGAUGUACUUCAAAUUCAUGCGGAUCAUCUCACCAGCGCUCUUCCGACUCAUGUUUGGGAUACACGCAUUCAUCCCUUUGAUGAUGCAGAUGCACGGCCUGCUGAGUCCAAAACUGUACGGGUGGCUAGGCUACAAGGUCUUCUCCUUCAUGUUUGACUGGACGGAUGCGCGUUGGGAUCGUGGCCUCCGGAACCGCAUGUUCCAAUUUGCGCCCGUCUAUGUCAGUGCCGAGUCUAUGCGGUGGUGGCUCGGCCGGGAGUGUUUCGCCAAGCACAAAUGCAUUCUAGCCACCAAGGAGGUCGUCCAGGCGGAGGAACAUAUGGACGGCGGCGCGGACGGCCACGCCGUGACACCACAGACGAAACGGGUAAUUGAGGCGCAUCACAAACACCUCAAAGGAGCUACUGCGUGGUACAACGAGCAAGCACCACCGUUUGCCAUGUGGGUGUGUGGCACUGAUAACCUCGUCGACGGGGAGAAGCUGCUCCGACGGUUCGAAAAGGGGCGAGAACCAUGCGUUGACGUGGUCCACAGCAAGACAAUUCCGGAGUAUGAACACCUGGAUGUCAUCUGGGCGAUGGAUGCUGUGGAUCAAGUGUUUAAGGAGGUUCGCGAAGUGUUGUGGAAGACAUGCAAUGUGCGAGACAUUUGUCGUGUUCCUGAAGGAUGCGAGCAUGUCGAGCCAUGGAAACCCACCAAGAAGAUUGCAGCUAAUGUUAUCGAUGAGGUCCAGUCGAGCGGGAGUGAUUAGUAGACGAUGGGGGCGACGAAUAUAUGACACAACAAACACAUGGCACGAAAUACAUAAGACGAACAUAAAAACGAAGGGCUUAGGAUUCGUUGGUUAGGAUGGAUAGUUCGGAAUUGCUGGCUAGAUCGACGACUUCAUUACGUGUGUUUAAUGAGCAUUGGAGGGCUGCGGACCAUACAAAGAUCAUUUGCAAGUCAUCUGGCUACACGUUCACACGCAUAUGGAUAGAGUAGUGAACAUAAUUGCCAGAAACAAAUCCAAUGUACCACAAGCCCCUAGCUGUCCAGGGCACGUUGAGGGCUGUUUGGGUUUCUCGGCCAGCUCCGGCGCGAUAGCGAAGCAGCAUCACGGAGCUUGCCAGGUCGGGCUGAUGUGUGGGAGAGAGGUCUCGACAAGAACGAGGUUCAGCAUGCCUCCCCCUUACUAGGAUCUCGUCUGAUCUAGUAUGAUCGG